GUCACGCUGCGGCGGGCGGGUCUCCGAGUCCAGCCCUACAGAGCGUUGCGGGGGCCGGACCCCCAAGCGGCUGGGGGCGGGUCGGGCCGGCCCCCGGGGCGUGACAGGUCCGGCCGGGCCCCACACGGGCUCUGCCCUGCACCGCCCGGACUCGAGGCGGGGAAGCGGGACUGGGAGCCCCCGGCGCUCCGGGGAGGGAGCCGGAGCCGGAGCCGGUGCAGCGGGACGCGGGCUGGCGGCGCAGCCGGUCAUGUCGGGGGCCGAGGCCGCGCUGCCGGCGGAGAAGGAGGAGGAGAGCGAGGAGGAGAGCGAGGUGCUGGAGGAAAGCCCCUGCGGGCGCUGGCAAAAGCGCCGGGAGCAGGUGAACCAGGGGAACAUGCCUGGGAUCCAGAGCACCUUCCUGGCCAUGGACACGGAGGAGGGCGUAGAGGUGGUGUGGAAUGAGCUGCACUUCACAGACAAGAAGGCCUUCAAGGCCCACGAGGAGAAGAUCAAUACCAUGUUUGAGCAGCUGGUGGUUGUGGAUCAUCCCAAUAUUGUGAAGUUGCAUAAAUACUGGCUGGAUGUGAAGGACUCCAAGGCCCGGGUGAUCUUCAUCACAGAAUACGUGUCCUCGGGGAGCCUGAAACAGUUCCUGAAGAAAACCAAGAAAAACCACAAGGCCAUGAAUGCUCGGGCCUGGAAGCGCUGGUGCACACAGAUCCUCUCUGCUCUCAGCUUCCUGCAUUCCUGCGAUCCGCCCAUCAUCCACGGCAACCUGACGAGCGACACUGUCUUCAUCCAGCACAACGGCCUCAUAAAGAUCGGCUCAGUCUGGCACAGGGUAUUUGCAAAUGGACUUCAUUCUGGGGUGCCUGCUCCUCAACCCAGACAAGCGGCCGACAGCCCAUAAUCUGCUCUUCCACCAGGUGCUCUUUGAGGUCCACUCCCUCAAACUGCUGGCAGCGCACUGCUUCAUCAACAACCAGUACCUGAUGCCGGAGAACGUGGUGGAGGAGAAGACGAAGGAGCUGGACCUGAACAUGGUGAUGGCGGAGAUCCGGCGAGAGGGGCGGCCCGCAGUGCAAUGGAGAUACUCAGAAGUCUCCUUCCUGGAGCUUGACAAGUUCCUGGAGGAUGUCAGGAAUGGGAUCUAUCCCCUGAUGAACUUCGCUGCCACCAGGCCCCAGCUGCUCCCACGUGCACUCUCCCAGACUCAGGAGGACCCCCAGAAAGCCAAGACCCCCACCCCAGAGCCCUUCGAUGUGGAGACGAGGAAGGUGGUGCAGAUGCAGUGUAGCAUGGAGAUGAAUGAAGAGAAGGCCCAGUGGCAUCUCACGCUCUUGCUAAUCCUGGAGGACAAGCUGCACCGACAGUUAAGCUACGACCUGCUGCCAACUGACAGUUCCAAGGGCUUGGCCUCAGAGCUGGUGCACUACGGAUUCAUCCAUGAGGAUGACUGUGAAAUGCUGGCCAACUUCCUAGAAAAUGCUUUUCACAAGCACCGGUCUCCUCCCUUGUGAGUCACCCCGAUGAGUUCUGGGCAGAGAGGUGCCCCCCAAAGGAGGAUGGGAACUGUUCCAGGCCAGAAGGAACUGUGGGGCUCUUGAUCAGGCUUUCCGCUGCAGAGGUGACCUUGCCAUUUGUUCCUGGCUGUAUCUCUACUGUCCAUCCAGCCUGUGAUUCAGAAAGAAAAUGGCAAGAAGAGAAAGGACCAGCAAACAUGAGGCCUUUGACAUGCGUCGUUGUUACCAGGAUCCCACCAAGAAAGUGCUCUCCAGCCUCCACUUCUGAAGGAGGCCAAGGCGAGCGGUGAGGUGGUUUUAGGAGUGGAGGAUCAUGCAGGAAGCUUCUGGUUGCAGGGUUUUUGAAGAUGCAAAGCUGCUGCAAGAGCCCACAACUGCUAAAUUUACCUCUGGGAGCAGAUCGCUGUGGGCCAUCAUUUCGCUUCCUCGGCUGGAAAUGGUCACAGCAGGGAGGGAAAGAGUGCAGGUUUGGGAGGAUCUUGAGCAGUUUCCUGUCUGCCGUAUUCCACCCCUUUUCCAGGCCUGAUCCCUCCUGCUCUGCUGGAGUCCCCCAGGGCAAAGGAGCCAUUGUGAUGCCUUAUCAUAAGAACUGGACUCCCUCUGCUAGGCUGAGGGGAGGACAUUGUGAGCUUGACUGACAGGGCAUGGGAAGAAAUUGCAGGAAUCCUGAACCAUCAGGUGGUUCAUAAAAUAUGGACCAACAGAACCACCACUGGUGCUGAGCACAGCCUCUGUCAUUUCAGUUAGUGAAUUUUUGGAAGGCUAAGAGACAAAGUGAAAGGUGGAAUUUCCAUCAUUAGACGGGAGAGUGGGGGCAAAUAUAGCUGCUGAUUUGUCAGGUUCAAGAUUGGUGUAUUAUGCAAAUAGGAAUUGUGUAUCAAUGGCUGUGCCAUGCUGCUCUGCCUGCACCUCGCUGCUCUGAGUGUACUGUUCACACUAGGCCAUACGAGCCACGCUGCACUGACUGUGUCAUGCUAUGCUGACUUUCUUACACGGUGCCUGAUUCCUUGUCUAGUUCUGGCUGUGUACACUUUGCCACGCAGCACAGAUUUUAUCAUGGUGUGCUCAGUUUGCCGUGCUAAGCUGCUUUGCUAAGCUGUCCUGGCUGUUUAAUUAUGUGGGUUUUCCAAGUUGUGCUGAUAUUGUGCUAACUUUGCAGAUACAGACAUUUCAAUAAAUUGAUUGAAAAGAACAAACCCCAUCACAAAACAUGAUAACUGAGUGACCCAUUUGGAGUCUUUGUGGAUUGUUUACUCUCCCCAUUACACAAAGAAGGGGUAAAGUAGCUUCCUCCAUGUCCAAUUGGCUUAUCCACAGUCAGGUACACUGAAAUGCUGAACGAAUUAGGUGGAGAAACAUUCUCCUAAUGCUUGGUCAGUGGGCUUCACUCUUUCUGCUUAUGCCAGGACAAGUCUGGGCUUGAGUCUAUGGAAAUGCUGAAAGCUUGCUUUGUGCUGUGCUUGUUUCAUGUCCCCGAUGGAGCAAUUUGCUCUAGUUCAGCUCCUAGGUUUUCCCCUUGCUGAUUUCUUUGUAUAACCAACAAGUCAGAGCUCGAUUUCUCUAGAGAAUUUUCCUCCCAGUGCCUUUGCUGUGUUCUGCAGUGGUGUAUUCGUUAGCUAACCUCUACACAAUUCCUAGAGUACAUGAUGCAUUAGGCAAGGACGAUCUGAGGUUGAGGAAUGCAGCCCCACACCCUGAAAGAGCUCCAGCUGGUAAAACAAAACACAACACUGCAGUCUGUCUGCUCAGCACCAAGGAUUGUUGUGGUUUUUUCCUCAAAACACCCCCCCCGCCUCCUGCAAAGAAUUUUUUUCUGGCGGAAGAACUUAUUAAAAAAAUCCAGUGCAAAACAAGCCGAAGGGCUUAUAAUUGAUGUCUUAGGUACUUAUAUGGCCCCCAUCCACCUAGUAUCUGAGCGCCUCACACUCUUUAAAUACAAUGCUAUGUGAUUCA